AUGGGUGAGUUGAAUUGGACAUCAGUAGAGCAAUUCAUUCUUUUGGGAAUAACCAAUGUUCCACAGCUACAGACUUUCCUUUUCAUCACAUUCCUCAUCUUCUAUAUUUUUAGUUUUGUGGGGAACCUCAGCAUUGUUACAGUGGUGAUUACAGAUCGGAGUCUUCAUAUACCUAUGUACUUCUUUUUGGGCAACCUCUCCUUUUUGGACUUCUUCUAUUCAUCAACCACUGUUCCAAAGAUGCUGGCCGGCUUAUUGAUGGAAGACAAGGUGAUAUCCUUUCAUGGCUGUAUGGCCCAGCUUCACAUCUUUCACUUUUUGGGAAGCACCGAAGCCACGCUCCUCACAGCCAUGUCCUAUGAUCGAUACCUAGCUAUUUGUAUCCCACUACGAUACCAUGCCCUUAUGGCAAGAACUGCUUGCAUCCAACUGGCUACGGUUUGCUGGCUCAUUGGUUAUAUAUAUUCUUUGACUCACACAAUUUUAACCUCCAUGUUACCAUUUUGUAAGAUGAAUAAGGUCACUCAUUUCUAUUGUGAUAUUAAACCUCUUCUAAAACUGGCCUGUACAGACACUAGUCUCAAUGAAAGUUUGGUGUCUAUUGUCACUGGCUUUGUAGCUCUUUUUACCUUUGUUUUGAUUGCUAUCUCUUAUGUUUUUAUUGGCAGCCAUGUUCUAAAGCUCAGUUCUUCUCAAAGUCGACAAAAAGCCAUCUCCACUUGUACUUCUCACUUCACUGUUGUCUUUUUAUAUUAUGGAACUGCCUUUUGCACUUAUCUCCGACCUGCGACCCAAGACUCCUUGGAGCAAGACAGAAUGACUGCAGUGCUGUUCACAGUUAUCACUCCAGCUUUAAAUCCUCUUAUUUACGCAAUGAGAAACAAAGAUGUCAAGGUUGCCCUCCGGAAGCUAUUUUUUAAAGAUUAUUUUUUUAGAAAAUGGUAG